AUGGCCAUGGCACCGGAGCCCUUCUUCUUCACUCCGCCGCCCGCGCCGCGGCACCUCGCCGAGCUCCGCAUCGACCCCGCGCACUACGCUGUCGCCUUCUCCGCACCCUGCGCCGCCGACGCGGGGCGCAAGCGCCGCUGCCUCCUCCCGGCCUCCUCCGUGCGCAAGAGGAUGCUGCUCGAGCUGCCCCCCUUCGACCCCGCGCCGAACACACCGUCGCCUCCGCCGACGCCCCCGCCCCCGCCCACCACACCGACGGCGUCGCGCGCCGCGGAGUUCUCGUUCGAGCCGGGACUCCGCCCGCGCCACCCGACCUCCGCGGGGAACAUGUUCGCGUUCGCCGAGAACGCGACAGGGACGCCGGGGGGCUCCUCGGCCAGCAGCGCGGGGAACAUGUUCGCGUUCUUGGCUGCGCCGGAACGGCCCGACACGCCCACAGGUCCCACCUCCAGGGGCGGCUUCGUGUUCGCGGCUUCGCCGGAGGGGCCGCUGACGCCCACCUCCAGGGGCUCCAACACCAGCAGCCUCACGUUCUUGGCUUCGCCGAAGCAGCCGCUGACGCCCAUGGGCUCCACUGCCAGCGGCUGCGAGGCGUCCUUGAUGCCCACCGGCAGCGGCUCAGCCGCGUCCCUCCACUCCGCGAAGACGGCGCGCACGGGCGCCACCGGAAGCGUCGGGUUCGAAUUCUUCCCUUCGUCGGGGCCAGCGUGCGCGAAACUAGGCUCUCCAUCUUCCGCGGUGGACAAGGAGACGACGCUCCCCCCCGUGGGCCUCGGAACGCCGUCGUUCGUCUUCUCGGCGUCGCGGUCGCUGCCUCCGCCGCGGAGUGGGAGCAGGAAGCGGCCGCGGCCCAACCUCCACAUCGAGACGAACCCUCGUCGCAUGUGUCCGCGACACUGGGAGGAAGAUACGCCGCCGCCGCAACAGCAGCAGCUCACCCCGUCGCCGCAGAAGCUCGCCAAGACUAACUCCACCGUCAACCCCGAGGCCUCCCGCUCGUCUAUCAUGUCGGAGCCGUGCUGUGCGUUCUUCGCAUCGCCGGGAAAGGCGGCCAAGCAGGAAGCCAAGAAAGCCUCCAGCGAGGCAUCCCGCUCGCCAGCCGGGUCACGCUGCACGUCGCCGGAGACGAGGACUUCCUCGCCAGAGAAGCCGAGAAAGCCGGAGCAAGAGGUGGAAGUGUCCAGCGCGGUCUGCUCCGGAGCCGAGCUGGUGCUGCGCGUGACCUGCAAGUGCGGCGUCCACAAGGAGUUUAGCUUCGACCACCGUGUCUGA